AACACUUUACAUCAUAUAGCGCAGAGGAGACUGUGGAGUCCAGUUUAGAUUUAGUUAAAACAGAAACAAUGGCCGCCUGUGACGAAGUAUUCGCUCCUUGUGGAAAGAAUCUAUUCUGUGCCACUGACAGGAGUUGUCGUCUUGGAUGCGAAGACCUCUUGGAUGCUUGUAAAGAUCCCUGUGAUAUGCUGACCUACAUUGUGGUCCUGUUGUCAAUGGUAACUGUAUGUCUCAUCAUCCUCUCGAUUGGACUCUAUCUUCGUGGCUCAUCACAGAGAAACAUCGCAAAUGUGAUGGGAAAGUACCAUGUGCAAAAUGCGUCGCAUUUAGAGGAGGUUCUCAAAAGCUUCAACGGACAGAUGUCGGAGCCCCGGAAGUGAGGAGAUCUAGGACUAUCUCGAUUACUGGACAAGAAAUUCUGGAUAGAAGUCUCGGACUCGGAAUAAAUUGUUAAGCUGAUACUUUUAAUAUCUAUAUAUAUUCAAGAUAUCAGAAAUAUUCGUUACACCUUAAUGACAGGCGUCGAGAUCCACUUAAACAGACACUGCCGAGGGGGCCGCGGUUGCGAGUUCGAAACCUACGUGGGGCAGUUGCCAGGUACUGACCGUAGGCCGGAGUGGUCUCCAUCUCCAAAACCAG